AUGGCCGCCACCGACUCAGACCAUGCCCUUACGGGCGACGACACCUCUGAUGCUGAGGCCUUCGAAACGAUGAUUGUCGAAUCCCUGGUUUCCGGGCGUGAAAAACGAAGUACCGCCGGCAGAAACAUGUCCUCGCUACUGGACGCCGCCGCCGACGAUGAUCUUACCCUCCUGUUUGCCGAAGACGAGCACGAUGACGAGUUCGAUGAAGACGAAGCUCCCGAAGCAGAACAGCUAGAAGAAAUGUCAUCAUCCGAGGAUGAAGACGACCAAGGACCGAAUGCAGAUAAUGAUUUCGAAGGCGAAAAGGAGCUGGAGAAGCAAGCCAAAGCCGAUCGGAAGAAACGCAAGGCCCAGGAAUCUCUAAGACUCACUGCUCUACGGAAAAAGGUCAAGAUCGAUCCCACCGUCGCUGCCAGCGUGCCCAGUGCUGCUGCUGCUGCCGCCGCUGCCGCCCGGCCCAAAAAGAAAUCAGAGCGAAUCUCAUGGCUUCCUACGCCCGAAGAAGGUCCCGUGCGAUCAUCAUCGCGUCGACAGACCAUGCAAAAUAAGGAAAUGACGCACGCGAGACUAAAAGACAGUGAGCAAAGACGCAUCAAGCUCAUCGCAACCAUGGAGCAGGCUGCCAAGAAGAAAGAACGGACCAAGCCCAAAGUCAGGACGCAAGCGGAGCGGUUGGCUCAAGCCGAAAAGAUUGAACGAAUGAACAGCAAAACUCUCAAUCGAUGGGAGGAAAUGGAAAAGAGAAAGGCCGAGGAACGCAAAGCCAGGCUAGAAGCUCUGCAGAACCGUCGCCUGGAGGGACCUGUUAUGUCGUGGUGGAGCGGAGUCGCCAAGUGGGUAAAUGGGAAACUGGUGCGCGUGGGCAACGUUGAAGUGAAGCCAAAACCGGACAAGGAAGAGGUAGAGCGGAAAAAGAAGAUAAAGGACUCGAAGGACAGGGCAUCCCAAGAUCCAACGAAGUCGGAUAAUCAGCCAGAGGGGACCCCUUCACAACCACCCACUGAGGGACAAGGUCCUAGUUCGACAUCAAACCAGCCUCAAGCCACCGGGGUCGAAAACCAGCAAACGUCUAGUGAAGUUUCUACAGCCCAAACAAAGGAGAAUGAAAAAGCUACUGGAAUGAAUGGAUUUCUUGGUGGUAUUCAUCAAUAUGCAUCUAUACCAGCAUCACCGGCGGAGAUAAAACCACCAGAGAAAACUGAUGGCUCUGGUGUUACUGCUUCGAAGCCAGACGAGGAAUCAAACGUAUCAAAGCCUACAGGCGACGAAAAUGGUCAGCUUGGGUCGAAUGAUCAAGAGAGAGAGAAACAAAUCAACAUCUCUAAGAAAACAUCCCCGAAACCAGAGGAAACGGCCCUAGGAACUGAAGACUCUCAGGCUCAGGAAGAACCGCGAGAGAAACCGGAAGAAAAAUCUUCAGAACAAGCUGCCGCUCCUGAGGAUGUCUCUCCGCGUCCAGAAGAAACACCUGCCGAUGUCCAGACCAACGAGGAAAAGCAAGACCAAGAAAUGGAAGAUGUCUCUCCGCCAGAGUCAAAGGCUGCCGAUAUAGCACUUGACAAGAGCAAAGACAACCAACAAUCUCAAGACACGCCAAUUCCCGUUUCAGGCACACCCGCAGCAGAGAAUAACGCGCCAGAAGAGUCAAAAAUUACUUCUGAAACGAGUCUCGCGGAGCCUUCUAAGCCUGUUGAACCCGCUGGGUCUGCUGGACCUGCAGGGCCUGCAAUGGAGACUGCUACUUUGACUACAUCUGAAGCGCCGACAACAACUGUCCCUCCGCCAAAUACUGCAGCCGAGGGAUCUGAAAUGGAUAUCGAUCAUCUAGUGAUCGCCACGGAUCUACCUUUAGAAAGUGAACCUAGCGCACCACUGGAGCCUCAGGUGGUUGAACAUACGGGCCGAAAUCUCAUGAUUUUGGAAAAUUUUGACAACGCAACUACCCAAAGCCGCCAGUACAGUAUUUAUUUCAAUUCGAAAAAGCCUCCGCGGUUAGCCAAAAUCUCCUCUCACCUUUGCCCCAUCACGUCGCAACCAUCGCGAUAUCGUGAUCCCGAGACUGAACUCCCGUUCGCAAGCGCCCUGGCUUAUACCGAAAUACGCAACUUGACUGAGCAAAAGUACAUUUGGAGUGGCAUGCUCGGUUGUUAUAUAGGCCCUCCGACUGUAGCGGCAAAGGGGGUCCCAGAACAGUUCCUGACGGGCGUCAAGCCUGAGAAGAAGGACCAAACCGAGACGACUCCUGCUAGCAAAGAAAAACCGGCGACAGCUGCUAGUGAGUCUGUGAAUGUAGACGCGGCUUGA